ACCGUCCGUACAAACUCCUCCCGGGCAGGUGAAUGUCUUCACCGCUGAUACUGGCAGGUUGCGGCGGCGGCCGGCCGGUGAAAGCGACGGUUAUCUUUCCCUCUUUAACACGGAGACAAGGUGGAAAUGUGUAAAGGUUCACCAUAAAGCUUUCAGACCGUCUCUGCUGCAGCUCACUGGCCUUGAUGGGAUACUCGUAUCAUUUGCAGCGCUUCAAAUUGAACAAGCAGAGUUCCCUUCUAGCAAUGCAGCCUGCUUUUUAAGGUCCACAGCUGUGAAAUUCCGCCAUCAACACAUUUCUCCUCUACAAGCUUCAGCUCUGUAAAGCUCCCAAUGUGUCCGUGAGUUCCUCUCAUCACUUUACUCAGUGGGCAUUAUGUUGACCCAAAUCUAAGCUCAUUAGUGCCCCGUCCUUACCUUUCCCUUCCAUCUCCCCUCCCCUCACCCUUUCCCAUUUCCAUCAUGACCAGUCUGAAGCGAUCUCAGACAGAGCGCUCUGUCGGGGGCUCGGUGCCUGCUAGCGAUGAGUUCUACACCCGGCGCCUCCGACUGCCCAAUGGAGGGGCGCCGCCUCCCCGCAGCGAGAGCGCCCACAUCUCCUCUUCGUCAACUACUGGCACCAACCCCGGUGUUCCCAAGAUGGGGGUCCGGGCUCGCGUGGCUGACUGGCCUCCGAGAAAAGACGGAGGAGGAGGGGGUGUUUGGCAUAUCACAGUGGAAACAGACUCACCCAGUUCCACAAACACCACCAGCUCCUCAGGUUCAGGAAGUGGAGAUAGAGAGCGGCUUGUAGGAGGGGGAGGCGGAGGGGGUGGAGGAGGAGGGGGAGGAAUGGGCGGCAGCAGUGGCAGUGGAGAAAGGGGAGGAGGAGGAGGAGGUGGAGGAGGAGGAGGGGGGUCUGCCGUUACAGCCCACAGCAAUCUUUCAGCCAAGCUAGGACACCUGAUAAGCCCGCAGGACUCAUCCAUGCUGCGCAACAUUCACAACACACUGAAGAACAAGAUGCAAAGCAAAGGAAAGGACAACCGCUUCCUCUCGCCAGACGGCUAUCUGGGCUCACCUCGCAAAGGCAUGAGGCGCAUCCGUCAGCGCAGCAACAGUGACAUAACCAUCAGUGAGCUGGACGUGGACGGAAACGAGGGCUGGUCAUUCUCCGGGUGGACACCCAUGCACCGAGAGUAUGGCAGCACUUCUUCAAUAGACAAGCACGGCGUGUCCGGGGAGAGCUUCUUUGACAUGCUGAAGGGAUACCAGUCCUCCGAGGCCCCCGACCAGCGUAGCCCGGCCCCAGAGAGGCUGACAGAACUGCUCACUGUGGCUCCUAUUAAACAAGCCGCACUGGACCUGCCCGAUGGGCCCUUCGGCCCGGCCAGAGGAAGCCCCGCGAGUCGACUCAAGGAGCGGGAGAAGCAGCUGAAAAGAAGGUCAAAGUCAGAAACGGGCGGCGAGUCAAUAUUCCGAAAGCUGCGCAGUGUGAAGGUGGAGGGCGACACGUCGAGGGCCGGUUCGGACGUGGAAGAUGGAGGGAAAGGAGACGAGACUGGCCCGCCCCCCAAACCCUGGAUGUGCCAAAAAGGCUUCGCCCACUUCGACGUGCAGUCUCUUCUCUUUGACCUCAAUGAGGCCGUCCACAUCCGGCAGUCCGGAUCCAAACGCAAGAACACGACGACGGGGGCCUCGGCAGCCGCCGCGGCCUCCGCCUCCGCCACGUCGUCCCUCUCCUCCAAUCAGAGCGGGGUGUACGGGUCACCGUGUGGCUCCCAAGAGGAGCUCAGCAAAGAGGGGUCCGGACACGGCACCAACCCUGCCUUGGAUCCUGGAGACGACAAGAGCAACGACUUGGUUCUCAGCUGCCCUUGUUUCAGGAAUGAGAUCGGAGGAGAGGGUGAGCGGCACAUCUCUCCCGCCAAACAGCAGGGAAGCAUAGGCAGUGGCGGGAGCUCCAGCAGUUCGUCGGGCAGCACAGAGGAAGGACCUCUGGACGCCACUCUCACUACUCAUUUCACCAAUGCUGGUGUGGCUGUGCUGGAAGCUGCCAAGGAUGGGCCAAGUCAGCAUGCCGACCGGUCCAAACGAUACAUCAUGGAACAUGUGGAUCUUGGCGCCUAUUACUACAGAAAAUACUUCUAUCUCAGAGAACACUGGAACUAUCUGGGGGUCGAUGAGAACUUGGGUCCGGUGGCAGUGAGUCUGAGGAGGGAGAAGCUGGACGAACACAAAGAGCACGGCCAGCAGUACAACUACAGAGUCAUUUUCAGAACGAGUGAGCUGAAUACUCUCAGGGGCUCUAUCCUGGAAGACGCGGUACCGUCCACGUCGAAGCACGGCCUGGGUCGAGGUCUGCCCCUCAAAGAAGUGCUGGAGUACCUGGUGCCGGAGCUCAAUGUCCACUGCCUGCGCCUGGCGCUGAACACGCCCAAAGUCACGGACCAGCUGAUGAAGCUGGACGAGCAGGGGCUGAGCUUCCAGCGGAAGGUGGGGGUGAUGUACUGCAUGGCGGGCCAGAGCAGCGAGGAGGAGAUGUACAAUAACGAGGCUGCCGGCCCCGCGCUGGAGGAGUUCCUUCAUCUGCUGGGGGAGAGGGUCCGACUCAAAGGCUUCACCAAGUAUCGAGCUCAGCUGGACACCAAGACUGACUCGACGGGUACCCAUUCCUUGUACACCACCUACAAGGACUAUGAGAUCAUGUUCCACGUGUCCACCAUGUUGCCGUACACGCCCAACAACAAACAACAGUUGCUGCGUAAGCGUCACAUCGGGAACGAUAUCGUCACCAUUGUGUUCCAGGAGCCCGGGGCACUCCCCUUCACCCCCAAAAACAUCCGCUCCCACUUCCAGCACGUCUUCGUGGUCGUGCAAGCACACAAUCCGUGUUCCGAGCACAGCUCCUACAGUGUGGCAGUCACCCGCUCCAAAGACGUGCCCUCUUUCGGCCCUCCUAUCCCCGAGGGCGUGACCUUCCCCAAGUCCUCCGUCUUCCGGGACUUCCUGCUGGCCAAGGUCAUCAACGCGGAAAACGCCGCCCACAAGUCACACAAGUUCCAGGCCAUGGCGACCCGGACGCGCCAGGAGUACCUGCGCGAUCUGGCCGAGCGCCACACCACCAGCACGCCCAUCGACCCCUCCGGGAAGUUCCCCUUCAUCUCGCUGGCCCACAAGAAGAAAGAGAAGACCCGGCCGUACGGAGGGGCGGAGCUGCGCAGCCUGGGGGCCAUCGCCUGGCCGGUCUAUGCCGAGGACCACGGCACCGGAGGGGAGCUGGAGGCCCUUCUGGCCAUUUCCAAUGACUUCCUCAUCCUGUUGGACCAGGAGGCCAAGGCUGUGGUGUUCAACUGCGCCACCAAGGACGUGAUCGGCUGGACACUCAGCAGCCCGGCGUCUUUGAGGAUUUUCUAUGAGCGAGGGGAGAGCGUGUCUCUGAGGAGUAUCAGUAACAAUACGGAGGAUUUCAAGGAGGUGGUCAAACGACUGGAGUUUCUCACCAAGGGCUGCGAGACGUCAGAGAUGACCCUCCGUCGAAACGGCCUGGGGCAGCUCGGCUUCCACGUGAACUACGAAGGCAUCGUGGCGGAGGUGGAGCCGUACGGCUAUGCCUGGCAGGCGGGACUCCGGCAGGGAAGCCGUCUGGUAGAAAUCUGCAAAGUUGCCGUCGCAACACUGACCCACGAGCAGAUGAUUGACCUCCUCCGGACUUCGGUGACGGUGCGCGUUGUUAUCAUCCCGCCACACGACGACGCCACUCCACGCAGGGGUUGCUCGGAGCUCUAUCGAACGCCCGUCUCAGAAUACAAGGGCAGCAGCAGCGACAGCGGCUCCUUCGAGUACAAGUUCCCCUUCCGCAGCAACAACAACAAGUGGCAGAGGACGUCCAGCAGCCCCCAGCAGUCGCUGACCGCCUCGCCGCAGCCGCACACACCCAACCGAGCCAUCAGCCUGGGCAGCUCCGUGGGGAAGACCCUGUCGGCCGAGAGGCUGGAGCGCGGCGCUGUCAUCCCGCGCAGCGUGAGCAGCGAUGGCCGACCUCUGGACACCAAGAGGAUGUCUCCAGGCAGUGAGAGCUACAGCCUGGCUUCUUCCCUGGCGUUGGGGCGAUCCCCUCACAACCGCAGCUCUCCAAGCAACCUGUCUUGUUCCAGCGAAGCUUCUGGAAGCUCGGCCCACUGGAGACAGAAGUCCAUGCCUGAGCAGUUUGCAAGCAACCGCCAUUCUCCGAUGUCCACGGAGAGAAGAGAGAUCGUUGGAGAGGGCGGCUCCAGCGGGAAGUCGACUCCCAACUGGUCGAGAAUGGAGGAAGGGGGCGGAGGCGACCGGGGGUCAUCAGAAGCCCCGGUGUCCAAGUCCGGCCAGAGCUACUCGGGAGCGCCCCGCAUCCAGAGGCAGGAGCAAGUCAUCCACAUUUCCCCAAAGAAGGGCAGCCAGUCGGACGGCCCUUACUCAGGUCACUCCAGCAGCAACACUCUGUCCAGCACGGCCUCCAGCGGCGGCCACAGCGACAGCGACAAAUGGUACGAGAUGGGGGCGGGCGGCGGCUCCAGCGGCGACCAGGGCGACACGGAGCCCAACGGCCUGGGGGGCGGCGGAUACCUGCAGGGCGUCUCGGCCGACAGCGGCAUCGACACCAGCUCCUACGGGGCGCCGCACCACUCCCACCCCCACUCCCACCACGGCAGCACCACCUCGCUGCUGGCGCCCAGCGGCAGCCGGGAGAGCAGGGAGAGGUCGGCCUCGCCGUGGCACAGCCCCACCGAGGGAGGCCGCAGGAUGUUGGAGAGGUCGCCGGCGGCCGCCGAGUCUCCCGGACCCCCAGGGGAACGGAGCAUGGAGGGAACGGGCCGGAGCCCCCCGACUCACCUCCUGGUCCGGGACAGCAGCACCUACAGCCUGAGCGACGCCGCGUCGCACUCCAGUGCCAGGCACUCGGGCCACAGCUCUCCCAGAGAGGAGUCGUCCUCCUCCGCCACCUCCCCUUCGUCCCAGUCCUCGGUGUCCCCCGGGCCCAAGAGCUUCUACCCCCGCCAGGGAGCGCAGUCCAAGUACCUGAUUGGCUGGAGGAAGCCUGGCUCCACCAUCAACUCCGUCGACUUCGGAGACACGCGCAAGAAAUCUCCAGGAGAAAGUGGAGUCGACGUGAUCCCGACCCCAGCAGCCAGGCCGUCUCUUCGAGACAUGCACUCCCCCCAGCCGCACGCAAAGUCCACCAUGGAGGAGGACGUGAAGCGGCACAGCGUUCCCGACAGUCCCCCCCAUCCUCGCAAACACAAGGAGAAGCACGGUCAGAAAUCCCCGCCGGGCCAGCCUCUGAGCCGCCGCCGCUCGCUGCACCGCACCCUGUCAGACGAGAGCAUCUACCGCGGCCAGCGCCUCCCCUCCCUCAGCGACUCGGUGACCGAACCCACGCUCGGCGCCGACGUCCUCUUCAGCUGCUCCACCCUCCCGCGCUCGCCCACCACGCGCGGCGUGCCCCUCCGCCGGCCCUCCUACAAGCUGGGCGUCAAGCUUCACGGUGACCUUUCGGCGUCCGACACGUCGCUGGUGGAUUUGGUGGAGCGUCACCGUGGGCCCCUCCCCCAGGAGCUGAUGCCUCUUCCAUCCUCCGACCGGGACAGCCCCCUGGAGUGGACUCACCUGGUGGACGUGGCCAACACCUUUGAGAAUGAAAGAAACACACAUUAUGUCCAGAGAAGUUAUGUGUUUGGGGACGCAAACCACCGGAGCAGCGGCGCCUCCAGCCCCCAGCAGCCGCACAUCGAGCUGCAGCCCGCCCCAAUGUCACGGCCCUCUUCGAGUGAAGGCCACAUAGGGCUGGAGAGGAAGGUCACCAAACUCGAGGCCAUGGUGAAGAUGCUGCAGGAGGACCUGAAAAAGGAGCGGGAGGAGAAGAUGCGGCUGCAGACUCAGAUCAAGCGGCUGUGGGAGGACAACCAGAGACUGCAGGAGGAGUCCCAGACCUCCGCCGCCAAGCUCAAGAAGUUCACCGAGUGGGUCUUCAACACCAUCGACAUGAACUGACCCCACCCCCACCCACCACCAGCACACCCCAGCUCUCACACACACGCAUCCACACACAGCACAUCAGCACACACGGCCUGGCGGAGACGCAGGGGAGAGGAUCGAUGGAAAUAAUUACAAACAAGAGGAGCGGAGACUUGUUGAACUCAGCUGAGGCGCUCGGCCCUCUUCCACUCGCUUCAAACAUGAGUAGGUAUUAUGGUCAAGUGGAUUCGGUUUCUUUAAGUUUACCAGAUCUGAUCUCCUGUGGCACGAUGACAGUUAUUGAACUCACAUUCAUAUAUACUCAUACUUUGGUGCGUCUCCUCCUUCCUUUUCCUGAAGAAGUUGAUUUUACAUCCCGACACUUUUCCCACGGUUGACUGUAAGGACUCACACCUUUCUGACAGUUUAACGCAGAUGUGAGUCACGCUUUGGGAGAUUUGCCAUUUUCGCAUUUCUGCAUUGUUCAGUUCCUUUUUUCAAAUGACGACCAGCCGCUCUGGACGACGCUUUUUAGUCUCUUGUGCCAAAUGAAGUCAAACAAAGCCAGAGGAGGCGCCGCCAAACCGUCCAGGUGACUUCGAGAACCAGUCCGACAGGUACACCAGAAAAAAAGGUCAGAGGACAGAGACGGAAUUUAGUGUUUACUCUCCUCAAACGCCGAAGCCACUGAACAAUCCAACGGUUUGUUCGUCACUCAUCCAUCGUUACACAGGAGAGAAACCUGGAUUUGUACAGUUUUUUUGUUUUUCUUUUUUCCUCUUUUGAAUCGCAUCUGGAUUACAGCAUCCUUUCAGCCCCGACAGAACAAGCUCACAUCUGACGGAGGACAGUAUCUAAAAGCCAUCGGCAAGUGGUGCCAAAAAACAAACACAGGGCAGAUCCUGAGCAGUUCGGUCCACCCCAAGUUUAUGUGUCUUAAAAGCAAUAGGAAGAAGUCAGGACUUUUUUGUUUUUCCCUCCAAAAGGGAGAGAUUUUUUUUUUUUUUUUCCCCUCUGGGUAGACGCUUGAAGUGGGAACCGGAUGAUCCUGAGGGUACUUGUACAAUCUUGAUUUACAGUCUCUGCUGCACAAGAGCCGUCGACCUCCACCGACCACUUCAUGUCACAGAGUGAGGACUCUGCUCGUCUCCCCGCGGUCUGGACUUCAGAGAACUAGCUGAUAACGAAUGAAAGACAUUUUUCGGGAUGGCAUAUUUGGGGUCUUAAUUUUUAUUUUAUUUUUUUUUCCCCCCCCCGGUUAAUUUAUUUCCUUGUAUAAUAUUUCUAAUAAAUAAGUUGUUCUAUUCGUACAGUACAACGGACAUCAGUGUUUAGUUCCUCAAGACAAACGGUCACUAGCUAUAUUAUUUAAUGGCUUUCUUUCUUAAUUCUGGUUGAAGCCUGACUAUAAGCUUUUUAUUCUGUAUUAUGUUGUAUUUUGUGGUGCCCAAGCCUGCUUUCGUGUUGCUUACAGUGCCCUCUAGUGGUGACCAGUGGAAAUGUCAUGAUGUGUAAACGUGCUGCCAGUCACUCUGUAUUUUUCCUCUUCAGCAGUGAGCCAGACAUCAAACCCAGGAGGCCACACACACACACACAC